AUGACAUGGCCAUUCACGACCAACACAGAAGCUCGAGCAUACAGGUCCAGUAUAGUCGGUCAAACGUCUGUUGUGCAUACUGUCGUUUUCACUUUCACACUCAACCGUCGCAAAGCCUUGGGCACAGUCAAAAUGAGUAUGCGGAAAAGUCUGCACAUCUGCUCACUGGCGCCAACAACUUCGAUUGCAGGUAAGCCUCCCAGCCAGCCAAAUGCCAACUGGAUGGCGCAAUUGCACAUAAUUAAAAUAUAA